CUGAGAGUGUAGACAGACAGAUUUAUUCUUGUGUUGUUUUUACUUCGUAUGAACGAAACUGUUUUAUUUUGAGCACAUUUAUGUGUUUAUUAAGAGUUUAAAUAUUAACUUGAUUGUACAGUAGUAGUGUGGGUUGAUAUGACAUGUUAUUAGUUAAGAGUGCCACGAAAAUGUGUUUUAAUUCCUAGACAGCAUAGGCCUAGCUUUAAGUUGUGCCGAGAUGGAUGCCAUGAUUGGGCUUGAUGUUAUGCCUGUUGCUUCAACUGAAGACCCUGGUCCUAUUGCUCUUAACCCUGGAAUCGAAAACACUUUAAAACCAGAUCCACAUCAAGAAUCAGAUGAUAAUUUAAUGCAAAAUGUAGAUGUCAUAGAUCUUACCAUUGCUCAGGGUACCUCCCAUAGGCCUAUAGCCUCAACAGAACCUAGCCUUGUGAGAGAAACAAUGUCUAUCAAUCAUAUUCCAAUCACCAACUUUCCAAUAGUUGUAUCAGAUGAUGACAAAAAUGAUUCCACUAAGUUUAAUGAUGACCAAAGGUUACCGCCAAAGCACAAACUGCCUAUAACUGCAAUUAGCCCUCCGCAACACCAACCACCUAAAGUACCUAGAAUUGAUUUCAAUUCGAGUUUUGCUGUUCAAAACUCAAAUCCCUACUAUCCCUGUAAGCCUUACCCUAUUUCAAACCAUCAAAGCAAUAACCUAAACAUUCCUCCGACAGUAGUUACGAGAAACCACACAGUUACAAGUAGAGAAGAGUUGCAAUUAGACUUGGAUUCUCCAAUCUGCACAGCCUCUGCCAAUAAUACACAUCAUCCUAUAUGGCCGUUCCCAAACGAGAAGCAUCGUCACCCAAGUUACAGCCUAGGCCUACCAGCUGUAAAAUCAGUUAGUGAAGGAAACUUUUUUCUUAAUGAAGUGCCUCUUCAAACUGUGAACUCAAACACAGUUAGGCCUAUUUUGGAAGAAAGACAUGCCAAAAUUAAUCCUAUGCCAAGAAAUCCAGUGACAGGAUGCUGUGAUCUAGGCCAAACCUUAGAAAAUGAAAAGAGAAAAUCAAUGUUUUACAAACUACUAGACAUGUUUCCUGACAUUGAAUUAACAUUCCUUGAGAACAAAUGUCGCUUAAGCUGGGAUAUAAAUGUUGUUUCCGAUAUCAUAUUAGAAAUGGGAGAUUACCCUAAGGAAAAGUAUUGCCAUAGACCUUCGACAUCUAAUAACUCAGCUUGUACAAAUUUAAAAGUUUCUGUUCCUACUUCAGACAAUGUAUCAGGUUUCAACAGUUUACCAGUGGGAGACGGGGUGCAUACAACUUCAGUUAAACAGCCUAAGACUACAUCAUGUAACUUGAACCAAGAUCCAACUUUAAGUAGGCCUAUGAUUAGCCCAACAUCAAGUACCUGCCAUAAACCAAAUGGAACAUUACCAAAAGAUAAACCCAAAUUAACUAAAAUAGAAGAGCCAACAAAUAAUUUGAAUAAGCUUAAUAUGUAUACUAAUACGAAUGAUAUGAGUCAGUUUAACUUUUUGAUGGAGAUAUUCCCAGAUGCUGACCCUAUUUUUAUGGAAUCUGUGAGUAAAUUUAAUGAAACUGAAUUGAGAACCUACAUUGCUGAAAAUAUGGAAAAACCUAAUUAUCCAAAAUUUAAACAAUCUGAGAAACUGAAUAAUCCUAUUAUCGAUGAUUCUGCAGAAAUAGGAUUGUACACAUCAAACUUUAACCUUGGACAUUUUCUUAAAAUAUUCCCAGACCCUUUUCAAUAUUUUUUGGAUCAGAAACGUAAAUGUAAAUACUCGGCACAUGGUUUUGAAUUUAUGAAAAGAAGGUACAGAUGUCACGCAUUGAAGACUAUUUCUUUAAAAUACAAGGAGUAUGAAUAUAAUUUAGUUAGAACGUGUGAGUUCCUCGAUGCAGCAAAGCCUACUAGGGUGUCCAAACGAACUCUACAAGAAAUAAAAAUGCCAGAGGAAACUAAUCUACCUUUUUUGCAAGAGGCUUGUUUCAUUGAACACCAGAUAGAAAUCAAAACUUAUUUAGAUGGUCUAGCUGAAGCAAAGAGAGUUCAAUAUGAACAGGCGGAAGCUUGUGGGGAGUUAAUUGAGUGUGGUUGCUGUUACCAAAAUGUUCUGUUUGAAGAUUGUACUACUUGCAAUGAGGGUCACUUGUUCUGCAAGCCUUGCGUACAAAAGAGUGUAGAGGUGAGGAUUGGAGAUGCUCUUACUACAUUUCCAUGCCUGCAAGACUGUGACUCACACUUCUCUUUACAGCUAUUAGAGACCCUGGUGGAUGCAACCAUGUUCUCACGGCUCCUGCAGCGCAUUCAAUUUGAUGAGGUCCGAGCUGCUGACAUUGAAGGCCUUGAAGUCUGUCCUUUUUGUGAUUUUGCGAUCAUUCUCCCUCCAGAAACCAAUAUUUUCAAAUGCCUUAAUCCAGAAUGUUUACGAGAGUCUUGCAGGAAAUGUCACAGAAUCAGUCACAUCCCUCUGAGAUGUGAGGAGGUGGAGAAUGAUGAUCAAGCACGAGCACGCAAGUACAUCGAAGAUGAGAUGACCAGAGCUUUGAUCAGGAUUUGUUACAAGUGCAAGAAAAGUUUUAUCAAGACUGACGGCUGCAACAAGAUGACAUGUUCAUGUGGAGCAAAGAUGUGCUACAUUUGUCGUCAGCCCAUUCAAGACUAUAUGCACUUCAAUGGUCCUGGUGGCGAUCAAAAUAAAAAAUGUCCACUUUACUCUACUGAGAAACUCCUUCAUGUGGAUGCUGUUACGGCGGUGGCCAAGAAAGCCUUGGAAGAAGUAACUUCUAAAAACCCUGAGUUGAAAUUGAAAUAUGAUCCAUCUACACUGUUGCCCAGUGCUAAGUCAGCCAACACCUCUCUCCCUCCAGGAGUCAAUGAGGAAGCAGACCGAAUGUUAAUGGUACUAAACAGACUGCAAGAAGCCAUCACACAUGACAACAUAUAUGGAGCUGGACCGCAUGUUGUCCAACCCCCAGCUAGACAGAACAACGAAACUCAUUGAAGAAGGUCUCCAGUCCCCACUCAAUAGCCAUAUAAUGUUACUCAUUUCAAUUUUGUAUUUUUUGUGAUUUGAAAAUUUUAUGUGAGGUAUUUGCACAGGCUUGUUAGAAUGGGUUAAACAAUUAUUGAUUCUACAUAAAUAUUCUUUUCAAAAACCUUAUACAUUAAAUGUUAUUCAAUAAAUCUGUGUGUUAAAAUGCAUUUAGAAAUAGAAUUCAGUCUAAACAAUAAUUAAACUGAAAUAUUAGUUAAGUUUGUGCGUGUUAAAAAUUAUAUGAAUAAUUGUUUGUACACCUAGCUCAAAUAUUUUUCUUUGCAUACUUCACAUAUUGUCAUACCUUGCCAGAAACUAAAAAAAAAAUGGCCUACAGUACAACCUUGUUUAGUCAAUCUAGCAACCAGCUGGGAACAUAAAGAAACCAGAAAACGAAGAAAGAUUAGAAAAUUACAGCAAAAAAGAGAAAAUAUAAAUGUAAUAAUUUAUUUUUUCACAGAUAAAACAACCUUACCAAAAUAUUUAAACAGCACUAGAAAACAAAAAUAAUCCCAAUGCCUCAUACACAGGAAUGUAACGCUACAGUCAAGCAUCAGAUGUAGUCACAGCAACCUUACUUGCCCCUAACAAUCUCCUCUUGAUUAUGUGCUCACAUAAAGCAACAGCACUACCAAAAUGCAUAUUUUAUAUUAAUUUCUUAUCAUGUUUUUCAGUUGUAAACCUCUUCGGGUUUUAUGAGAUACAACAUGAAGGGGGCCGAUUCAACGGGGUUGUACUGUAUCUGUUGUUUAGGACUGAAUUAUUAGUUUAAUUUCCAAACCAAUUCGGAUGAUAUAAAAAAUGGGAUUUUAAUGUUAUUGCUAGAUUAAGGCUAACAGUUAUUUGUUGUUCAUUUCAUUAGAGAUGUGUAGACAGGUGUUGUAUGUUUUUGAAUUAUGAGGUUUUAAUGUUAAUGCUAGAUAUUAUUCUUAACAAUUGUUUUUUGUUCAUUUCAGUAAAGAUGUGUAGAUAAGUGUCAUGUAAUCAAAACACUAUUUAUAUUACUACUAUUCCUCGUAUUACUCAAACUGCAGGUCAAUACUUCUCAGUGUAAGUUGUUUCUAUUGUUACCACGAGUUUUUUUUUUUUUAGCCGAGUCAGUAUGGUCUCAGUAUGGUAAGUUUUAAAAGCAAUGACCAAAUUUUUAAACUCCCGUUAUUUACUUACCUUCUAAACUAAUUUGAUAAAGUUUAAUUGCAAUUUUUUUAUAAUGAUCCAUAAUUUCAAAAUUAUAUCAAAUCUAAAUCUGAAAUCUGUUUAAAGAAAGUUCUCAAUGAAUUGCUUUGUGAGGUUUAAUCCUUUGUGCUACAUUCUUGUGAUGAUUUUGAACAUAUUUCCAUAUUUGAAUAUAUAUAUAUACCUUGCUGCCUUAAAGUCAAUACUUUGUUAAAUACAGUAAUUAGUUUUAAGGAUGUAAUUAAGAUUUUUUACUGUUUAUUAAAUAUGUUAUGAUAAAAGUAA